AUGGGCAAAAAGAGAGAUAAGAAAUCGUCAAAGGGACGUUUGGACAAGUACUAUCACUUGGCCAAGGAACAAGGCUACCGUGCUCGUUCAGCUUUCAAGCUCAUUCAGCUCAACAAGAAAUACGAAUUCCUCGAAAAGGCUCGUGUACUGAUCGAUCUGUGUGCUGCUCCAGGUGGUUGGCUUCAAGUUGCCACAAAGUACAUGCCGACGUCCAGUUUGAUCAUUGGUGUGGAUUUGGCACCUAUCAAGCCUAUACCCAAUGUCAUUGCCUUCCAAGAAGAUAUUUUAACCGACAAGUGCAGAACUCGUUUGCGUCAAGAGAUGAAGACAUGGAAGGCUGAUGUUGUCCUUCACGAUGGUGCUCCUAACGUUGGUGCCGCAUGGACCCAGGAUGCCUAUUCACAAUCAGAGCUGGUACUCAUGUCCUUGAAGCUUGCCACUGAAUUCCUUGCUCGGGGUGGUACUUUUGUCACAAAGGUGUUUCGUUCCAAGGAUUACAACAAGCUCAUGUGGGUGUUUCAACAACUUUUCCGCAAAGUCGAAGCAACCAAACCACCAUCUUCACGUAACGUUUCUGCUGAAAUCUUUGUCGUGUGCCGUGAUUACAUUGCUCCAAAGAAGGUCGAUCCUCGCUUUUUGGAUUCAAAGACAGUAUUUGAGGAAUUGGAUAACAACCGAGCAGCAACGAUGAAUGAUAUUUUCAAGCCAGAGAAAAAACGACGUCAACGUGAAGGUUACGAUGAUGGUGAUUACACUUUGCACAAAAAGAGAGACAUUAUGGAUUUCAUAAAGUCCCAAGAUCCUAUCGCCUUUCUUGGUUCCAGCAAUCAAUUGGUCUUUGAAUCAGAUGACUCCAGAGCGCUACUCAAGCGAGAGUCCACUACAGAGGAUAUCAAGAUCAAUUGUGAGGAUUUGAAGGUGCUUGGCAAGCGUGAAUUCAAGACGUUGCUGAAAUGGCGUGCUGAAAUCCGUGAAGAAUACAAGCUUGACAAAAAGGAAGAAGCCAAGCAAGUGGAAGUUCAAGAAGAAGACGAGAUGGAUGAGGAUGAAAAGCUUCAAGCAGAAUUGGAGAACCUUAGCGCUGAGGAACAAGCACGACGCAAACGUGAGAGACGCCGAGCCAACGAGAGGAAGAUGAAGAAUAUUUACAGAAUGCAAAUGAACAUGUUGACACCUUCUGAUAUCGGCACUGAACAAAACAUUGGCGAUGGCGAGUCACUUUUCAACAUUCGAAAGAUUCACAAGGAUAGCGCAUUGAAUGAGAUUCAAUCGGGUGACAUGUCAGCUGCUGAUCAAAUGGCAGAAGAAGAUGCGGAUUUGGAUGUUGGAGGCGGCCUCGAUCGAUCAGUAUUCAAAGGACGGAUACGAGAAAUGGAUGACGAUGAAAUGAUGGCCGACAGUGAUUAUGAGGAGGAAUUGGAAAAGCAGCUUGAUGAGGAAUACGAACGAUACAAAGAACGACGUGCCGAACGUGAUCCCAAAUUCAGAGCCAAGCAAUCACGGAAAGAGCACGAUGAAUGGCACGGCUUUGAUGGCAAAAACAAGAACAUUGAAGAUGAUUCAGACUCUGAUAGCGAUGAUGAUCAAGCUGAGGACGAUGACCAAGCUGAGGAGAGCGAUUCUGAUCUUGAAUUGGAGCGUAUGGAUGCAUCUGACGACGAUGAUGAUGUGCCUUCAUUUUCCAAGAAAAAGUCAAAUUCGUUGUUGAAUGAUCUCGGCCACAAGAAAUCCAUGUCCAAAAAGACAUCCAGCGGAUUGACCACAGCAGCAUCCAUGUUUUUCGACAGCGACGUCUUUCAAGGAAUGGAUUUGGAUGAAGAAGAGGAAGAUGAAGAGGAAGAUGAUGAAGAUGAAAAGGAAGUUGAUUUGGUCGAUGAAGCAAUGCAAAACGCUAUUGGAUCUCGCAAACGAAAGGCUGAAGAUGAAGCUCCUCAAGAGAGCGAAGCUGAGGAUGAGAGUGAUUUCGAAAUUGUCAAGGAUGAUGAGUUUUCAGCACCGUCAGAUGAUGAAGAAUGGGAUGGUACUGAAGAUGCUAAUUCCAAGGCUGUCAAGAAAGCAAGAGAAACUGGUUUAAUUACUGCCGAGGCUAUCACACUUGCUCGUCAACUUGCCAACAAAGAAAAGACCACGGGUGAUCUUAUUGAUCAAGGAUUCUCCAAAGAAGGUUUCCGAGACAAGGAUGAUUUACCUACAUGGUUCCUUGAUGAUGAAAACAGACACAACAAACCUCAUCUUCCAGUCACCAAGGAGGCUGUCAAGGCGCUGCGUGAAAAGAUUAAAGCAUUGGAUGCACGACCUAUCAAAAAGAUUGCCGAAGCUAAAGCACGGAAAAAGCACAAGGCAAUGAAACGAUUACAAAAAGCACAAAAGAAGGCCAAUGAUAUUGCUGACAAUCCUGACAUGACCGAAAAAGAGAAAGCACAAUCCAUCAACCGCAUGUUAUCACGGGCGACAAAGAGCAAACCCAAAAAGGAAGUCAAAUUGGUGGUUGCCAAGGGAACCAACCGUGGUAUCAAGGGACGACCUAGUGGUGUCAAGGGUCGCUACAAGAUGGUGGAUCGACGUAUGAAGAAGGAUCUCCGUGCACAAAAGCGAUUAGAGAAAAAGAAAAAGGGUCGUAAAUAG